AUGAGGGCUCGCAACACAGAUGUUUGGCAGGGGUCAGAAGUGCAGUUCUGGAUAAACCUCCUGCAAACACAAGAAAGGGCUUGCCUUGCCUCUAACUUCUCCUGUCCCUCGGUGCUGCAGGUUGGUGGCUUUGCCUGGGAGAACUGUGGUGACAAGAGGGACCCCGUGGUGCUGCAGAGCCUCUCUGUGGCACCUGACCCCAUCAGCAUCCCGGGGAGCCUGCGUGUCAGCGCGGCUGUCAAGAGUGGCAAGAGCAUGGGUUCUCCUCUGAAGGCAGUGCUGGUGGUAGAGAAAGCACUGGGUGACCUCUGGAUCCAGCUGCCCUGCAUCGACCAGCUGGGCAGCUGCACCUACAAUGACGUCUGCAGCAUUCUGGAUGAACUCAUCCCACCCGGCACACCCUGCCCGGAGCCCCUGCUGACCUACGGCAUCCCCUGCCACUGCCCCUUCAAAGCGGGCUCCUACUCCCUGCCAGCCAGCGAUUUUGACGUGCCCGAUGUGGAACUCCCUUCCUGGAUGACCAAUGGCAACUACCGUGUCCGGGUGGUCGUCAGCAAUGGCGGGGAGGAGCUCAGCUGUGUCAAACUGGCCUUCUCCCUGCACUCCCACUGAGGGGUGGGACACUGUCCCUCCUAUCCCCACCAGCUUGGUCUCCUGUCCCAUCCCAUCCAGUUGCACCCCAUCCUGUCCCAAGCCAUCUCUGUGAGGUCCAUUCCUCCUGCAGGCAGCCCUUGUUCCCCCUGCAGUGCCUCCUCCCCUGCUACGCCCAGAGAGGCCCCUUUGGCUGUUCUGCUGUCCCCAAACCCACCACCAGGGUGCCUCCUGCCUGGACAGGGUGGCCUUGGAGCCUAACUCCAGCAUUGAUCUGGGAUUGUUAUUUUUUAUUCAGUUUCUUUUUUUUUUUCCUCUUAAUCCUAUCAGGGCAAUUUUAGACAAAAACAUUCCAGGGAAAAGCAAUAUUACUUGGAGCAGUCCAUGGGGAGUGUUUGGGAAUGCUGGGGCAGGCUGGAGGGAUGCAGCAUGAGUUGCAGAGGGUGUCCCUGCUUCCCACCAUCUCUGGCCUUAGCAUGGGGCUGUUUUGCAGAAGUGUCCCCAAAGUGGCUGCAGGAGACCUGUCCCCACACAGCAGUUUUGAAUCUGCUGUUGCUACAUCCCUGUCCCACAUAGGGAACCAACUUGGUGGCAUGAGGCACCUGUGAAGGCACCUCCCCAUGCCCCUCCUGUGGCAAACAUCAGGAGCACAAGAGGAUGGAAACCAUCCAAGCCCUACAUGGACAUUCAUGCUUAGGGGAGUCCAAGAGGCUGGUGAUGCUCCCAGCAGCAGAAGAGGUUGCUGGUUGAUGGCUGUGCUCACUCCAGAGGGGGACACAAGGCUGUGAUGAGCUGCUGGAGCACAGCCUGGCUGAGGACCAGUCCCACUUAUCUCAUUUUUCCUCUGGGAGUGAGCUGAGGCAGGGUGCUGCACUGGGACUGUCCUUCCCCUGUGCUGGCAGAGGCACCCAAACACAGCAGAAUCCUGAACAUUGGAUGACUGGGAGAUAAGCAUGAAGACCAGCAGCCUGGAUCCUAUUUGGGGGCGUCCUGGCUGUGGCUGGGGACUGUCAUGUGGGCAGGUAGCAUCCUUAUUGCUGCAGUUUCAGGGAGGGCAUGAGCCUGUCAUCAUUCCCCUGUGUCAGGUGCCACCAGGUACCCACAUCCCUUGCUCUCCCUGCCUGCUUGUGUUAUUUAGCCCCUCAAUAGGGCUGGUCUUCUACAAGCACUUUAUACGCCUUAACUGCUGUGGGUGUUCCUCCACCAUGCAGAUGUGCUUCCACUGCCUUUCUGUGCCCUCCACUCGCUUUGUUUCACCCUGUGGCUCUGCCUGGAGAAGUACUAACCCUCUUCCCCUGCUUCCCCUUCAGUGCCAGAGCAGCAACCUCAUUUUGGGCAGGUUCUGCAGGUUCUUAAUAAAUCUUUUUACCAGGA